AUGGCGUCAAAUACUACAAUCCCACGUACAAUGCAGGCUGUUCAAUGGCACAAUAUCAAAAAUGGCAUUGAAAAAAACCUAAAGUUCAUCGUCGAUGCCAAAUUGCCUAAAGGCUCUGACUCUCUACCCAAGGGCCAUACGCUAGUCAAAGUCGCCUUCGCAUCCGUCAACCAUCUGGAUUACAAAGUUGCUGAGAUGCCACUGGCAAGCAUGAUCUUUACCAAACCCGUAACACCAGGUCUCGACUACUCUGGAACGAUUGUUUCCACUAAACUAAGAGAUUUUGCGAUUGGUCAACGUGUCUUUGGGAGAACCGAGUUGCCGACAGGUGGGACUUUGGCGGAAUAUAUUGUGGUUGGGGAGCAGGGUUUGGCGGCAUUGCCAAAUGGUGUGUCCUUGAGGGAUGCGGCAUGUGUCGGAAUUUGCGGAACUACGAAUGUUCAAUACCUCGCAUCCUUGAUCAAAUUGGGAGACAAGGUAUUCAUCAACGGCGGCAGUGGUGGUGUCGGUAUGUUUGCGAUUCAAGUUGCAAAAGCUUUAGGGUGCUCACACAUCACAACUACUUGUUCAGCCUCGAAUGCCGAGUUCUGUCGCGCUCUUGGGGCUAAUGAGACCAUCGAUUACAAGUCCGAAGGUGUUUUGGAGAUACUGAAGGUUAGGGAGGAUCAGUUUGAUCUGAUCUACGAUACACUCUUCAGCAACCCUGAUCUGUACUGGCAGUCGCACCAUUACCUCAAACCGCAAGGAUCGUACAUCUGCAUUGGCUUUCCACCCACUUUUCAAUUCUUUAAGACUCUGGUCAGUAUCAAAUUGCUACCUAGAUGGUUUGGUGGCGGACAGAGAACGAUCAAAUUUCAGUCAGUCGUGGCAAAUCGACAGGACUUUGAACAGAUGGCUGAAUGGAUCAGAGAAGGGAAAGUGAAGGUGGUUGUCGAGGAGGAAUUCGACUUGGAGACUGCAGGUAGGGCUUACGCGAAGUUGAAAGAGGGUAAGACCAGAGGGAAGUUGGUGGUUCGUGUUGGCGGAGAAGCUGGUGGAGAGUAG